AUGGCCACUUAUGACAACACUUUGUCUGGGAACCUGGCCCCGACUACUAUCAAUACCAUGUCAUGUGAGCAAUGUGCAGAGUUAUUAGAGACCUGUGGAAACGAUGUUUUGCUACUAGAUGUGCGGCCGUAUGCACAUUAUGCCAGGGGACACAUCAAGGGUUCGCUAAACCUCUGUAUCCCUACAACGCUCCUCAAACGGACUUCGUUUGACACGCGGAAGUUGGCCAACACCUUCACGAGCGACAUUGACCGAAGAUCAUUCUCAAGAUGGAAACAAUGCCGCUACAUCAUCGUUUAUGACGCUGCUACACUUGACAUGAAAGAUGCGGUGCCAAUGAUCAAUAUGUUGAACAAGUUUACGGCUGAGGGAUGGAACGGCGAAGGUUCGAUUCUUCGGGGUGGGUUCAAGGUCUUCUGCAAUCAGUUUAAUGCGCUUGUUCAGCAGCCUGAAUCAUCGAACCCUGGAAUAUCUUCAAAUAAGCCUAAUUCGAUGCAGAUUAGCCUUCCGCCAUUUGCACCUAUCGCUGGUGGCUGUGCUUUGCCGGAGUCUUCUUCUGCCGCCAUCCCCUUCUUUGGGAAUAUUCGCCAGCAUAUGGAUCUUAUGGGCGGUGUUGGUCAGAUUCCGCUCCAGCUCCCACAGAAUUUAACAGACUCCAAAAGACGAUUGCUUCCACGAUGGCUCCGUGACGCUUCCGAUGUUGAAGAUGGAGGUCAGAAGGUGUCAGAGAAGUUCCUGGAGCUCGAGAAGAAGGAAUUAGACCGUAUGAAACAAGCUCUAUCAUAUGAAAUGACCGGAGUUUCUACGUCUGCGCAAGCCCCGUCGAAGAAGUAUCGAGUUGCAGGGAUCGAGAAGGGCAACAAGAACAGAUAUAAUAAUAUCUAUCCCUUUGAUCAUUCCAGGGUUCGCUUGCAGGAUGUUCCUUCAGGAGGUUGUGAUUAUGUGAACGCGAAUUACAUGAAGGCUGAAUACAGCAAUAAGCGCUACAUAGCAACGCAAGCUCCAGUGCCCGAAACAUUUGAUGACUUUUGGCGUGUAAUCUGGGAGCAAGAUGUUCGAAUUGUCGUUUCUCUCACAGCAGAAAUUGAAAGGGGCCAAGUUAAAUGUCACCGGUAUUGGGAGUCAGGGAAUUAUGGGCCUUUUCGAGUCAAUAACUUUUCUGAGCGACGCAUUCCAAUGAAAGCGUCCGGGUCCCGCCAGAACCAGGGUCAGUCAACCACGUCAUUGUCGGAUUCUAGCGAAGAACCCAGCGAACCAUGCAUUAUCGUCAGACAUUUUGGCUUGUCACACUCGGCUUUUCCAUUUCAACCACUACGAGAAGUCACCCAGCUGCAAUAUCCCUAUUGGCCGGAUUUUGGUACUACGUCGCAACCAUCACACCUCCUUCAGCUGGUUGAUGAAUGCAACGCAAUCAUACGGGCAACAAGCAAUACGUGCUUUGAUACUCGCAAGGCAAUGCCAACUGAACAUCGACCUGUAUUGGUGCAUUGCAGUGCGGGAUGCGGCCGUACUGGUACCUUCUGUACAGUGGAUAGUACCGAACCUCGAGAAAUCAGUGAACGGCCUGAUACUGGGUGGAUUUAUAACGAUAACGUGGACCUUAUUGCAAAGGCAGUCGCCGACUUUCGAACCCAGCGACCUAGCAUGAUACAAAAUUUGAGCCAGUUUGUCUUAUGCUAUGAAAGUGUAUUGGAGUGGAUGGUGGUUCAAAUGGACGAAGGAUGUGAAAAUCCUUGA